UACCAGUACUGCGUUGAUUAGGGUCCCUGCGUUCAGCUCAAGUUCAGAGUGUUUCUGUCUGUCUGGCCUACUGCCCCUCCCUGGAGCUCCCGCGCAUGCUCGUUGUGCGCUCACUGUCAGUGAGAACCCUCUGUCAGUAUGGCGGCGGGCUGCUGUAGAAAGGAUGCUUCUUUUGGUGAUGAUGUCUCUCCUGUCACUAGACUAUGAACACGAUAGCAACGAAAAUAUAACAAACAGGGCCUGGCGUCGUGAUCUCUUGGAGCACUGAUAUGACUAGGCUGGCCGAUUACUUUGUGCUGGUCGGGUACGACGUCGAUAAAAGGGGGAGUAGUGAUGGUCAAGGCCGGAUUCUCCAGCGCUUUCCUGAGAAAGACUGGGAGGAUAACCCUUUUCCUCAGGGAAUUGAACUGUUUUGUCAGCCCAGCGGAUGGCAGCUGUUCACCGAGAGGCAACCACCAACUUUUUUUGUUGCAGUUCUGACUGAUAUUAACUCUGAGCGCCAUUACUGUGCCUGUUUUACUUUCUGGGAAGCAGUAGAAGACUCACAGCCCCAGAAGAGCCUCUCUGGUGAAGAUGAUGAGGAUUCUGGUGUUAUCCAGCCAGCCCAGAUGUUUGCUCCAAAGAGCUUGGUAUUGGUAUCUCAGCUGGACCACACAGAAGUCUUCAGGAACUGUCUGGGCCUGAUCUACACAGUACACUUAGAGGGUCUGAAAGUGCCGUUGGAGACAUUGAUUGGAAACCUACUGACAUGCUUCAUCCCCAUUGCUGGAGGAUCCCAGAUGUAUGACUCCACUGUUUGUAGUUUUAACUUGGUACCUCAGAAUCUUGCCUGUGACUGGCUUCUGGGCUGCUUUCAGCCUGGCCUGGAUGAGAAAGAGGAAAGCUUGAGAACCAUAACACUGGGGGCAGGUGAUCGGCAAGUGAUCCAGACACCCAUUAACGAUUCACUGCCUGUAAGUGGCUGUAGUGUUGCGCUACUCUUUAGACAGUUAGGAAUCAUAAACGUGCUCUACCUGUUCUGUGCUGCUCUUACUGAACACAAGAUCCUUUUUCUGUCCAGUAGUUACCAACGGCUCUCAGAUGCAUGUCGAGCUCUUCUAGCCAUCAUGUUUCCACUUAAGUACUGUUUCACGUACAUCCCAAUCCUGCCAGGUAAACUUUUGGAGGUACUCUGCACCCCAACACCAUUCAUCAUUGGAGUCAGUUCCUUCUUUCGUUCAGAGACACAGGAACUGUUGGAUGUAAUAAUAGCAGAUCUUGAUGGAGGGACUGUGACCAUUCCAGAGUGUAUCCACAUCUCAUUGCUACCUGACCCUCUAUUACAUCAGACUCAGACUGUACUGUCCAUGAUUUUAGAUCCAGAGUUAGAGGUUGCAGAUCAUGCUUUUCCACCAUCUGCUAUGCAACCUUCUUCACUUAAAAUCCAGGAUAAAGAAAUCCGUGCUGUGUUUCUGUGGUUGUUUGCACAGCUGUUUCAGGGUCAUCGCUGGUGUCUGCAUGUCAUUCGCAUCCACCCUGAACCUGUCAUCCGAUUUCAUAAGGCUGCGUUUUUGGGUCAGCGUGCUCUGACUGAGGAUGAUUUUCUCAUGAAGGUAUUGGACGGGAUGGCAUUUUCUGGUUUUGUAUCGGAGAGGGGACCGUCUUACAGAACAAUUGAUCUUUUUGAUGAACUUAUAGCCACUGAAGUUGAGCGAAUCAGAUUGGAGGAGGGAAAUCCACACAAAGUAAUGAAGCACGUCAAGCAGCUGGCUGAACAACUCUUCAAAAAUGAGAACCCUUACCCAACCGUAGCCAUGCACAAGGUGCAAAGGCCAACAGAGGGCUCCCACUUGCGGUUACAUCAGACAACCUUCCCCCACCUUGAUGAGGUGACAGUUCAGCUGUUCAUUGACCAUGCCGCUGCCAAACAAAAAAACGAAAUACCUGCUGUUAAAUCAGAGAAGAAAUGUAUGGUGCCAUCCGGACCUCCCCCCGAUACCAUCAUUGACAGCAAUGUCCUAGCUAACAGUGCUCGGAGAUUAGAAGUGGUCAGGAACUGCAUUACUUACAUCUUUGAAAACAAAACCGUAGAAGCUAAAAAGUUGUUGCCUGCAGUUCUGAGGGCACUAAAGGGGCGUGCAGCCCGGCAAUGCCUGACCCAAGAGCUGAACCUCCAUGUACAACAGAACCGGGCUGUACUGGACGAUCAACAGUUUGACUACAUUAUCCGGAUGUUGAACUGUGCCCUGCAGGACUGCUCUCAUAUGGAUGAACAUGGAAUAGCAGCAGCACUUUUACCCCUCGUUACAGCCUUCUGCAGAAAACUUGGAGCGGGAGUCACCCAGUUUGCCUACAGCUGUGUUCAGGAUCACAGUGUCUGGACCAACAUGCAGUUUUGGGAGGCUAUGUUUUACAGCGACGUCCAGAAUCACAUUCGUGCACUCUAUCUUGACGGCAAUGAAAAUGAGAAACAUAGCCAGGAACAUGAGUCUGUACCAGAAGACAAGUCUGCACUAGAGAUUGCUUCUGAACAGUGGAGACAGUGGCCAAUGCUGAGCAAAGACAAGCAGCAGGAACUGAUUCAAAAGGAAGAGAGCACUGUGUUCAGUCAGGCUAUUCACUACGCCAAUCGCAUGAGCUACCUGCUGCUCCCCCUGGACACCAGCAAGAACAGGCUCCUGCGCAGCGCUGGGUUGGGGGACUUUGAGAGUGUCAGUAACAGCUAUGUCACCAACAGCAUUGCGGGUAGCAUGGCUGAAAGCUACGACACUGAAAGUGGUUUUGAAGAUGCCGAAAGUUCUGAUGUUGCCAACUCUGUGGUCCGGUUCAUCAACAGAUUUGUGGAUAAAGUUUGCACUGAAAGUGGUGUGACCAGUGAGCACCUAAAGGCGGUUCACUUGAUGAUACCAGAUAUCGUGCAGAUGCACAUUGAGACCCUGGAUGCUGUUCAUAGGGAAAGUAAGAGACUGCCAGCUAUACAAAAGCCAAAGCUGCUGCGUCCAGCACUGCUGGUGGGUGAGGAGCUGGUGAUGGAGGGGUUGAGGGUAUACCUCAUUUCAGAUGGCCGAGAUGAGGCAACAGGUGGAGUAAUGGGAGGACCACCCUUGCUUCCUGCAGAGGGCGCGAUCUUCCUUACCACUUAUCGACUCAUCUUUAGAGGGACUCCCACUGACCCCUUGGUGGGUGAGAAGGUGGUAAUUCGGUCAUUCCCCAUUGCAUCCCUGACAAAGGAGAAGAAGAUUUCUGUUAGUGUGCAGAUGGACCAGUUCAUCCAGGAAGGGCUGCAGUUACGAUCGUGCACUUUCCAGUUAAUGAAGAUUGCUUUUGAUGAGGAGGUAGCAUCUGACCUGGCAGAAGUGUUCAAGAAACACCUCCACAAACUGCGCUACCCACAGCAUGUCAACGGCACUUUUGCUUUCACUGUUGGACAGUCAUUUAAACUGGUGGUUGAACACAAGCAUAAGGAGAAGAACCAGUCGUUAAAAACCCUUUCCAAGAACUUUGUGAAAAAUGCUAAGAGAACGAUGAGCCGUCAGCAUGUGACACGAAAGAAGUACACGCCCCCAACAUGGGAAAACAGGAGCAGCCUUCAGUCUGAGGUUGAUGAGGAUGACAUUUCAGUUUCAGAAGAAGUGGACCAGAGCUCCUUGACCCUGUCUUCCACCAUAAAGUCCUCUGAUAGGCAAACAAUGAGCAACGUGGUGGAGCGGGCAUGUUGCAGGGACUAUCAGCGGCUUGGCCUGGGGACCCUGAGCAACAGCCUGACGAGAUCAAAACAUGAACCUUUCAGGAUAUCCACGAUAAACCGCAUGUAUGCGGUUUGUCGGAGCUAUCCAGGUCUGCUGAUUGUGCCCCAGAGCAUCCCAGACUCCACUAUUCAGCGGAUAUCACGCUGCUACCGGCAGAACCGCUUCCCUGUGGUUUGUUGGAGGAACUCCCGGACCAAGGCUGUUCUGCUCAGGUCGGCCGGGCUGCAUGGCAAGGGAGUAGUGGGAUUCUUCAAGUCCCCUAAUGCACCAACAGCAGGACCCUCUCAGGCAGACUCCACCAGUCUGGAGCAGGAAAAGUACCUGCAAGCUAUCAUCAAUUCCAUGCCUUCCUACUCGGAUGCAGGCGGGAGGAACACACUGAGUGGCUUCACCUCUGCACACAUGAGCAGCUCAGAUUCUUCAGAUAAGCAGAGACAGCCAAAGAUUGGAGCCCUUAUGAAACAGGUGAUGGGCAGCAAAGAAGAGCUUCCAGGUACCUUUAGCAGGGGAGUCUCUGUGCUGGGUCACAGAGCUAGGGCCUUCUCUGUAUCACAACAUAGAACAUUGGUGAAGGCAAGAAACCUUCCGAGAGGGAAAUGGGGCAGUAUUCGUGGCAGUGGGCUGAUGAGCAGCUAUAGCCCAGACAUCGGAACCAGGCUAGCAGGAAAAGAUACAUCAUCCCCACAAACCAAUGGAGGGCCGUCUGAGGCACACUUCGUCCAACAGCAGAGGGCUUACCUAUACAUCAUAGGAGACAAGUCACAGCUAAAGGGUACAAAACAGGACCCUCUUCAGCAGUGGGAAGUGGUACCUAUUGAAGUUUUUGAUUUGCGGCACGUGAAAACUAGCUUCAAAAAGCUAAUGAAGGCUUGUAUUCCUAGCUCCACAUCCACUGAUCCCAACAUGACCUAUUACCGAUGCCUUGAGGAGUCUGAUUGGCUGUGUCUAAUCCACAAGGUUCUCCAGGUUUCAGUGCUGGUGGUGGGGCUGUUGGACUCUGGCUCUUCCGUUAUGGUCAGCCUGGAAGAUGGAUGGGACAUUAGCACACAGGUGGUCUCCCUCGUUCAGCUGCUGUCGGACCCUUACUACAGAACAAUGGAUGGUUUCCGGUUGCUAGUGGAGAAGGAGUGGCUAUCUUUUGGUCACCGUUUCAGCCAUCGUGGUGCACAGACUUUGGCCAGCCAAAGCAGCGGCUUCACGCCUGUAUUUCUGCAAUUUCUGGAUUGUGUUCAUCAGAUCCACCUUCAAUUCCCCAUGGAGUUUGAGUUCAGUCAGUACUACCUGAAGUUCCUGGCCUACCACUAUGUUUCCAACCGUUUCAGGACCUUCCUGCUAGAUUCAGAUUAUGAGAGGAUUGAACUUGGUGUGAUGUAUGAAGAGAAAGGUGAAAGAAAAAGCCAGCAGGUGUACAAGUCUGUUUGGGAUUACAUUGACCGGCUGAAUAAGAAAACCCCCAUCUUCUUUAACUACAUGUUUGCUCCAGAGGAUGGAGAGGUGUUGAAGCCGUACAGUUUCAUCUCAAACCUGAAAGUGUGGGAUUUCUACACAAAUGAGACCCUGUCAGAAGGCCCCUCAUAUGACUGGGAGUUGGUGCAUGGAAGACAGGAGCAAAUGGACGAGAGCGACCGCCAGGACACAUCUGCCCCCAAAUCCCAGCGCAAAAUCAUCUGGCCCUGUUACGACAACAGGAGCAAAGUGGAGCCGGAUGCCAUAACUAAACUCUUCCAGGAGAUGCAGUCUCUGGAGAUGGAACUGGGACAGGUUUCUGAGAAAUGGAAGGAUAUGUGGGAUAAGAUCAAAGCCACGCAAAGAACAGAGUCAAAACUGGAAAGCAGGCACUCGCUGUCCAGCUCUCUGCUAAUGUCUUCAAACCUGAGUCACCACCGGCGGUCACAGGGCAUGUAUGUGAAGGAGACCAGGGUUGGCUCCUCCCUCAGCCUGUCUAUGGACAGCGAGAGCAGUGUCACUGCCACACCUUCCAGCGGCAUGGGGCGUGGCCAGCAGAGCACCAGCACCCUUUACAGCCAGUUCCAGACCUCUGAGAGCGAGAACAGGUCGUUUGAGGGAAUACUCUACAAGAAGGGUGCUUUAUUAAAGCCAUGGAAACCCCGCUGGUUUGUGCUGGACAAAACUAAGCAUCAGUUGAGGUAUUAUGAUGCCAGGCAAGAUAAAGACUGUAAAGGAGUGAUUGAUCUUGCUGAAGUGGAGUCAGUUAUCCAAGGGACACCCACCAUGGGAGCCCCGAAAAAUAUUGAUGAAAAAGCCUUCUUUGAUCUGAAGACAACAAAAAGAUUUUACAACUUCUGUGCACAAGACAGUCAGAAUGCCCAGCUGUGGAUGGACAGUAUUCAGAGCUGCUUGUCCGAUGCGUGACAUCUUCAAAGAAAGCUAAAUCAGCCUGGGUUAUAUGGAGACAUUUUCACCUAGCUUUGGGAAAAUUUGUUCCUCAUAGCACUGGGUGGGAGUUGUGUGAACUAAAGACAUGAGACUACUCCUGUCUCCAAUUGCAGUGGUCCCACGAAAGCAUGAGUGGAAGGGUGAUUGGGUGACCUUGUUCAGUAUUGGUGACAUUGCAAACUGAUGAUGUCGUGUCAACGUCUUCCUGUGUUUUUGUCCUUUUUUUGUUUGUUUUUGGUUUUCUAUGGCUACUGCAGUUGUCUUACUGUUUUCACAACACCUCUGGUGAGUCACUGUUACCAUAAAGGACACUUAGUUUGUCACUGUUGGGGCUACUCUUGAAUUCAUGACCAAUAACGUAUACUUUGUUUCAGAUAAAAUGCAGCAGUCUCCAGACUACAAGUGCGGUCCCAAAUUGGCAUUCCUUGGUAGUUUCUCAGUUGAAUAUGUCAGAAUUCAAAGUUUUUUGGUUUUUUUCCAGCCUGAUUUGUACACUAUAGGCCUUUAUUGCUGGCCUGAUCAACAUGGGAUUUCCUGAAGCAGCCAGGUUCUCUUGUAUAAAGAAAUUGUGAGAUAAAUAAAUAAUAUAUAU